UUGAGCUAAGUAAAUGUGCCCCAAAGUGUAAGAGAGAAAAACAGAGCUCUGUCCAUUCAUUGGCUGAUGUGGCCUAACAUGAAUUUCUGUUUCUUAGAGUUUGUUUGACUAUUUAAUUGUAUGAUCCAGGGACAGCCCUUAAUAUGGGAAAUGGCAGGCCUUCUAUUUCAGAUUUUUUAAAUUUAGAUACUAAUUAAAAAAUAUUUAUUAAAAUAGAUAAUUUAAAUUAAUUCUCAGUUGUGAUACAGACAUUCAAUUUUGAAGAGUAUUCAAGUAAUCUUUUUAGGCAUUAUCAAUAUAAAAAUGUUCCAUAUAGAAAUGAUUGAACUUGAUUGUGAAACGAAAGUCCUUACAUUAUUUUCAUUAACUGUUGGUGGUGUGUGCCAUAUUUCUCUGUUGCUCUGUUCUCAAAUUAGGUCUCUGCGUGCAGGAGAGGAGACGCUUAAACAGGUUUUUGCUCCAUCUUGGAUUUAUUUCGUUUCAGGGAGCCCUUUGCUGCUAUCAAUAAAACCAAUCUAAGAAUGAAACCUCACGAAAAAUUUCAAAAAUUGCAAGAAGACUAUCGUAAAGGUCUUAUAGAUCAAAAGUCGUAUUCUGAACAAACCAGUAUACUCUUCAGUCAGCCAAAUCCAUUAAUUGACCAUCGAGCCAGAGACGCUCCUGAUGUAUUCAGCAAAAUGAGGCAAAAUGUAUACCAACAGAUGCCCAUAAAAAAAAAAAUGAUUCCUCAAGCAAGCUCAAGAGAAGCGUCCAAAAAUCUAUUGAAGAUAAAAUUAUGUCCUAUGCAAUGGGUGGAGAGGACUAAAAGCAGGCCAGGACGAUAUAUUAAAAUCAUUCUUGACGAAGAGCCUCCCAGGGUUCUGUUGAAAAAGUCAGCAAGUUAUGAUGACAUUAUAAAAAUCGGUAUUGACAACCUCUGGCAUGACAAAGAAAAGUAUAAUGCCUCAUACACAUUAUGCUUGAACGAUGGGUGUAGAUGGCCCAAAGCCGACUUUCUGAUGGAACACGAGACUCUUGGCGAUGUGCAUGAUGUAUGGAAAAAAACGUUUUAUAUCGGCAGACGAAAUAAAGAUACAAUUCCAGCAACUACCGUUUCGCCACAAAGAACAGGCUCCAAAAUAUCGCCAAUAUCCACAUAUACUGGUACAAUCCACACAUCAAUAGGUUAUUAUAUUUAUUAAUUUUAAAAAUAUAUCAACCACCAACCUUUUAAUACAUCAAUAUAUUAAAUUGAUUAUAUUUUUUUUUAGGUCAGUCUCAAGAAAAUUUAAUCAAGGUAUUUGAGUGU